AAAAAUGUUACUUCAAGUUCAUGACUGUUCAGAGAUUAGCUUCAUUCAGCGUAAAAUUUUCCGGUAAACGAAAGAAAAUAAGUGUACAUGCGUGCAGGGUAGUGCUGAAUGUAACACACGCACACACACUACUACGCUUUCAAAGUUACUAAUCAUUACGUUAUCUUUAUUAUUCCUGUACUCCCUUGUAUUUAGUUGCAAUGAUAUUUAAGAUAACCUUUCCUUGCCAGAACCUCAUUUUUUUUUUUUUGGUCCAUUGGUGCAAGAGCGAGUUAUAUGCGUGACCAUGAACGCCCUCUUAACACGUUGCAAAAUUCCUUCUAAAACCGUCAGGAACAUCAGCGCCCUAUCAGUUACUUUAAAACAGGUCGUAGGGGAAGUUAUUGGGGUUUUCAGGUUAUUUCAUUUCCUAGGGUUAGUUUUAACAGGUAGCGGCGGAAGUUAAUUGGGUUUUCAGGUGCGUAUUCAUGACUAGUAGUAGUGUAACAGGUCGUAGCAGAAGUUAAUUGGGGUUUUGAAAUGUUUUAACAGAUGUUCUUUGAUUGUUAAAACACGCGUGAAACUAACUACUAAUUAUAUAAUUAUUAUGUGGUCUUAGAAAACGGUCUUUGAGAGCACGCCGGAAUAGGGGCCUCGUAAUAUCCAUGACUAAUUACUGAAGAGCCUUGUAGUAAUAUUAUAUAAUGCUGUGUAGCGUAUUCUGACUAGCCACGUAUUUCUAGCUGUCACCAGUUUAUCAGCUAUUAAAUUUUGCAGACGUGAUCACAAGCAGCUACAUUACUAUUACCAGGAAGCGCUCUCGUUCUAAACACGCUGGAAGUGAACUGUGGGAGUCUUCCUGGUGUGUUUAUUAUUAUUAUUAUUAUUUUUUUUUUCGUGGAAUAGUAAGUAUUAUCGCAAACAAUUAUAUACUUAAUAAUCGAUUGACUGAUUUCUGGCCAAGCUAGAGAAUAUUAUAUUAGUCCUCCUCUUAGAAUAAUUAUAGCAAUAAAAGAAAACGUGAGUCCAUCAGCUGACUACACUCGGCUGGUCAAGGUGCACGCGGUGUUAUACUCAGGCAGGUUCUCCGAUAUAAUUUUUCUCAUUUGGUGUAUAUUUUUUCGCUUCCAAUUCCCUGUAAAGUUUGCUGUUAAAUAUGGCGUGUUUAUAGGCAAGAUAUUGGGUGUUCAGGUGUGUUAAUCUGGGACAGAUUUAGGAGGAAAAUUGUCAGAUUUUGUAUUCCAUUCUUUAUUUACAUUCAGCACGUGGCGCUGCCGGUAUUUAAAAGUAUGCCAUUCAUUCUUUAUUUACGUUCAACACAUGGCGCUGCAGAGUAUUCAAAAGUACGCCAUUCAUUCUUUAUUUACGUUUAAAACAUGGCGCUGCAGAGUAUUCAGAAGUACGUCAUUCAUUCUUUGUUUACGUUCAACUCAUGGCGCAGCGGAGUAUUCAAAAGUACGUAAUUCAUUCUUUGUUUACUUUCAACACAUGGCGCUGCGAAGUAUUUAAAAGUACGCUAUUCAUUCUUUGUUUACCUUCAACACAUGGCGCUGCGGGGUAUUUAAAACUACAUCAUUCAUUCUUUGUCUACGUUCAACACAUGGCGCUGCGAAGUAUUUCAAAGUACGCCAUUCAUUCUUUGUUUACAUUCAGUAUAUGGUGGUGCGGGUUAGUUAGAUGUAUGGACCCACUACAACUGUUUAAGUACUUAGGUUUUUAAAUGUAUGCAGUACUUAGGUUUUUAAAUGUAUGCAGUACCAUAGUCCCUCAUCCUUGUGCACUGCAGUACGUUGAGAUGUUAUGGAGACUAUGAGCAUCCGUGGGUGACCGCCCAAGGAUCAGCCUCGUCCUGGCAGCCCAACACCUCCUUUAACAUCACGGCAGCACUGGCAGGACUGGAGGAGAGCAAGGUGGUAUCCAUGGGGCCUCAUCUAGUGUCCCGUACCUACUCACGCCUCAUACUGUCCAGGGGCUCUACAACUACCCUCAACUGCACUGUAGAGCAAGCUGGGGAUGUGGCAGUAUCAUGGGUGCGGGGAGAUGAGGUUCUGGCCAUGGGGAGAUACAAGUACACAAGUGAUGAGCGGGUGGCAGUGCUGCAUGAGACAGGAUCUAAUGACUACAGCUUGCGAGUGUCUCACCUGCACCCUGAGGACUCUGCCAUCUAUGAGUGUCGGGUGAACACAGAGCCGCACCAGGUAGCCAAGGUUAAGCUGGUCGUGAUAGAUGCCUACUCGGUGAUCUUUGGCGCCUCGGAGGUGCGUGUGACGGCAGGAGGGACGUUGUACCUGCUGUGUCUGGUGCUGCAGGUGACAGAUGUGCCAGAGUACAUCCUGUGGUACCAUGACACAGACAUCAUUGACUAUUCCAAGUCCUCCAUCACGGUCAAGACUGAGGAGGAGACACGUUCCAGUGAGCUGCAGGUCCACAACAUAAGCUUCAGUGAUGCUGGUAACUACACGUGUCACCCCUCCAAUGCCUCGCCCUCCUACGUCAUGGUGCAUGUCGCUAAUGAUACCAACAAGAGGUCUGGCAAGGCACAGAAGUGUGAUGACUGUGUGUUGUUCAUUCAGCUGGGCGCCACCUUUGCCUUUUUCUGCCUCAGCUUCCUGGCAGCGUUCUGCAUGCACAGCCACGACCACAGUGUGGAGGAGCUGCCUGCACUGGAUGACUAUGAUCAAUACUACGAGUACUACAGUGAUGCCAAGAUGUUGUAAAACUGAAAAGUAGAAGAGGUCAAGUUCCAAGAUAAUGUAAGUAGAGAAUUUGUAUGACAGAGGGGAGAGGGAGAUGGGAAUGCUAUUCUCAUCAUGACAUUUCAUGCAUGUGGUUUGUAAUAGUUCAGAGAUAAUGUAUGUAAGUUGAGAAUUUGCAAAAGAAAUAAGGCUGAGGGAGAUAUUGACACACUGUCCACAUGUCAUAACACUUAAUUUUAUGCUUGUAUUUUGCUCUAGUGGUUCCUUUUUCUAGAGUAUUACUACUACUGCCUGCUGCUCCACUUGUGCUGGCAUUGCAUGAAAGUUCAGCAUGUUUAUUAAAUGAGAAAUAAUUGUGUAGUAGUUCAGAUGAAACACUAUAGCCUUGAGUUUGUUUGUAUCAACUUGAGAGAAUCAGUGAAAAAGAGUUGAAGACAAGAAGCAUUGGAUAAGUUGUGGGUAUAAAAGAACAAAGUUUGCAAAAGUAAUUUAUUAUGUAAAAGAAGGCAAGAGGGCUAUCUUGAUGUCAUCGCCUCUAGUGCAGUAAUUCUUUCAUCAGACACAAACAUGGUUACACAGCUAGUAGGUGAUGUUCUAGCCACUGAUUGAUUAUCUUGUGUAUUACCAUCCAAAAACAUACUGUAAUUAACUUUGUAAUCUUGAUAGGAAUCGUCUUUAAUAAGGAAUAUUGCAGACAUCACAUUGGUUUACUGCAUAUUUUGAAGUACAAUGGAAAUACACAGGCCAGUUCCACAGAUGAGAGCAUCACCCUGUGACACAUUUAAUAAGUUCACAUGUUCUUGGAUAGGAAGAUUAUUGGGCCAGAGUUGGUGAUAUUGAGUACAGUGUGUGCAUGAAUGAAGCCAGCCCUUGAAGAGCUGUAUGAAAGAGUCAUCAAAGAUGAAACAGAUUUUUGAUGCAAUACCAGUCUGGCCACUUCUUGAUAGAUAAGGUGAACCAGGUACAAGAUUUCAUCUUUGUUUAUAUAAUGCUUAAUGUUCAAACACUGGUAGCAAAUAGAAUAAUAAUAAUACUCAUACUCUUAAAAGAAA